AUGUCGAUAUCACAAGAACUUCUAUUCGUGACAAACUACACAUCCUCAAAUGACGAAGUCGGAAGUGUUGAUGUACCAAAGUUGAAUGUCUACACCCCAACGCCACAAGUCAUCUUCUCAAAGUCACCCCCUUCCCCAAGACAAACAAAUAAUUCAUGGCUCGCUUGGUUGUGGCCACACCAAAACGUUCAAAAUGAAGAAGAGGAGUAUGUUGAAUAUACAAAGUACCUUGAAUAUUACUAUCAAUUGGGUGACAGUGUUGAUGACUGGGACGUUGAGUGCUAUAAUGAAGUUUUGAAAGACACGGAGUUCAUCAAGUUCUUUGAAGAAAAAGAGGAGAAGAAGCGACAGAACACGUUGAAAAAGUUUGAGACAUGGAAACAAAGCAAAGAGGAUGUUUCCAAGAGCUGCACCUGGAAAAUGUUUAAGUCGGGGAAUUACCAGAACUCGUCUGCUUAUAAGAGAUACUUUAGACUCAAAACAAAAGAGUGUUUCAAUGAGUAUGUUAAGAAGAAGAAAAUUGGAGGAGUUGUUAUGGAGAAUAAAAUGGAUAAAAUCAACUUAGUGAAGAAGGACAGACAACUUGAAGAGAUGAGAGAAGUGAGUGAACGAGAGAAGGCGUUUGGGUAUUUGACGAAAAUAGGAGUUGACAUUUCAGAAGCUACUUUUCGAGAGAUGAAAAGGAUAGUCCACGAAAAAAUACCACGAUUCGACUUUUACAGUCGUGUCAUGAAUCUUUCGAAAUCAGUUGAGGCGUACAAAGAGAAUAUCGACGAGUUGGUUUUAGUGAUAACAAAAUACCAAGAAGCAAAUGUCUUGAAGAGUGAGCAUAUCGAGCAACUCAAACAACUUGAAGUCUUUGCAAAGAGUGGGGUGAAGGAACACGUGACACAAAUAGAGAAGUACAUCAAAGAGAGAAAUGGAGUAGUGAAGACUAUAACCAACCAGAAUGGGAUCAAUGGAGAAUUACUAGCAUUCUUCAAAAUGAGGACUGUAGACUCCAAUUAA